AUGCCUUUGUACCCAUUACUUGAGGAUCACCAUGUUCACGACGCUGUCUCCCGAUUCAAUCGCAUGUUUCAUAUGCGCCGUGUUCCUUCCAUCAUCGAAUUUGACAAGAUUUUGGGAUCUCUUGUGGAGAUGAAGCACUAUCGAAUUGUUAUGCUUUAUGCAAAAGCCAUCAUCUGGACAGAGCAGUUAAAAUUAUUCAAUAAAAUGAUAGAGAAGGGAAUUCAACCAGAUAUGUCUAUUUAUAAUGUACUUAUUGAUGGAAUGUGUAAAGGGGAAGAUUUAAACAUGCAAGAACUUUUUCAAGAUCUUUUCAUUAAAGACAGUCAUCUUGACGUGCGCACGUAUAAUGUUAUGAUCCAUGGAUUUUGUAAGGAGGGUUUAAUUGAUGAGGCAUUGGCCUUGUGGUCCCAAAUGGAAGACAAUGGUUGCAUGUCUAGUGUUGUAACUUUCAAAAUAAUCACACGUGCUCUCUUUGAAAAGGAUGAGAUUGAAAGCAGAAAAUUUCUUCGUGAAAUGAUCACUAGAGGCUUCUUGAAAUGA